CUGUACUCGUAUGCAGAAGUUUGAUAACCCCAAACCAUCUUCUUUUCAUUUUGCUAAGUGAUUUCCAUACAGCUGCGUCAUCGUUUCCUGUGUAGUCCACUUUUUUCUUUUUUUCUCCCUCCCUCAGUGCAUGCAGUUAUACGGAGGAGACUAUUUUCCCCCAGAAAAAAAAAAGAAUCAGUUUUCAGGCUGCACAGAGAGAAAGCGACACAGGCUCUGGAGAAGAAUGGAGCACUGAGCAAAAACACUGCAACAUCACAGAAAGACGGGUGAGCGGGCAGGUUGCAGACAAACAUGACUGCCAACAAGAGUUCGAAGGCCGUACCUCAUGCAGGAGGGAGUAAAGCUCCACGGGACGUCCCCGACAGGUGCCAGUCUACAUCACCCUGUCCAGCUCUCUCUGCUAGCCAGGGCCAGAGCCAGCAGCCCCUCCUCGGCGACGGCGACAACUCUGGCAAACAGAACAGGUACGUCAGGACCGACGGCAGGUUUCUGCUGCGAUCUGGAUGGAACAGCAAGACAGCUAGCUUGUGCAGCGGAGCAUCUCUCGCAAGUGACGCUGACUCCCAAGUUCGUCUCACCAAAGCAAAGAGCAUCAGCUGCCUCGACAACAGACUCUCUAUCUAUAAGCCACCAGUUCAAACCAACAAGUCCUGUCAGGAAAGUCAAGGUGCCCCGGAGCAGAAGGAGAAACAAGGGGAUCUGUCAGCGGGAGAUGGACUUAAUGGUCGGCCCUUGAGCUGGAGCACACUCUCACUGGGGCCUUCCUCCAGUCAAGGCCACAAGCGAACCCUCUCUCUCACCCGCUCAGUAGCAGGUGUCCCCCCCACCACCAUCCGUAAAAAGAUCUCAGAAUGGGAGUGCAGACGGGUGUCUCUGCCUAGGAUGAGCUUGUGUCUGGAUAAAAGAGGAGGUGAGCGUGUAGGGGGUAGUGAGGGCUGCCCGAGCUUGCUCUCUUCUCCCUGCAGCGAAAAGGCUUUUGACUUUAAGGGCGUUCGCAGGAUGAGCACAGCAUUCUCCGAGUGCUCCUACACAGAGGAAGAGGAAGGAGUUUCAGAAAAAGAUGGUCUCGGUCGUUUCCAGAAAAGGAUAAGCAAGACGGACUCCUCGGGAUCGUUUGUGCGUUCCCUGUCUGCUCGUAAAGAAACGUCGGCCGUCCUCAACAGGAUACAAAAGAUAGAGCAGGCCCUGAAGGAGAAUCCCAGUCCAGCCCCUCCACGAUAUCUGAGCAACUGCUACGCUCCAGACAAGAUGAGACAGAGGUCCUUUGUGAUAGGUGACGACUUGGACAGUCCAUGCGCCAGUAAGCGCAGCAGCAUUUGCUCGGUGGCCACUGAACCGGAUGCUGUUUUGGUGCCCGAUAAGCUCUCUAAACUCAGACAAAGGUUCAGUGUGAGCUCAGCCAGGUCCGAGAGCCCAGAACCUCCCAGCCAACAGAGCUCCGUCGGCUCACCGGUCAACCCCUUACCCAAACCCAAACGCACUUUUGAAUAUGACGCCAAACGGGACCAGAAGGGCGCGUUGCCAGCUAAUGGACUACCUCCAGACAGAGCCUCGGAGUCUCCCCCGCCUCUGCCCUCCACCCCUGCACCCAGCAUGACGCGAGCAGCAAAGACUGAGGGCAGCACCCCAGUGAGAAUCCAGGACAGAGAGUCGUGUGAGUCAGAGGAUGCUGUGAGCUUGCCGUCUUCAUAUCCAUCCUCACCCACAGAGAAUGGAGCACUGACCACAAAUACACGGAGUCGACCCAAUUCCAAAAGCACUUUAGAGGAGAAUGCCUAUGAGGACAUAGUAGAGAAGGAGAAUCCAUACGAGGAUGUUGACCUGAAGCGGAAGAGUUUGGGUCGGAAGUCGGAGAGCAACAGAUCUUGGACCACCAUGGACAGAAAACUGAACUCCCCGCCUCAGUUGCCGUCCAAACCCAGCAGCCAGUCCCUUCGCCUCCCUGGUCCGAGCGACAGGAAGAGCCACCGGUUGUCACAGCUGUCCAAGCGCUACAGCCACGAUGAAAUGCUGCUUGUUCCCCAAAUCGGCGUCUCAACAUCGCCUUGCGGCCUGCUGGAUGAUAGCCUCUGUAGCACCAGCGAUACGUUGGCCUCGCACAGGCACUGGAGGAUCCCCAAGCUCGUCCAGAGAAUCAACUCCAUUUACUGCACUAAACGUGGGAAGAAGCGGCUGAAGAAACUCUCCAUGUCCAAUGUUGAGACCGCAUCUCUGAGAGAUGACAACAGUGAGAGUGAGAGUGACUCCGAUGACAGGUUCAAAGCUCACACCCAGAGGUUACUGAAGCUGCAGUCCAUCCUCCGACGAGCGCCUAGCUACCGUACACUGGAGCUGCAGCUCAUUGAGUGGCAGGAGAGGGAACUCUUUGAGUACUUUGUUGUUGUUUCUCUGAAAAAGAAACCCAGCAAGAACACCUACUCCCCAGAGGUCACCUACCAGUUCCCCAAGCUGGACAGACCCACCAAACAGAUGAGGGAGGCCGAACAGAGGCUCAAAGCCAUUCCUCAGUUCUGCUUCCCAGAUGCAAGAGACUGGAGUCCUGUCUCAGAGUACAGCAGUGAGACCUUCUCCUUUAUGUUGACUGGAGAGGACGGCAGCAGGAGAUUCGGCUACUGCAGACGCCUGCUGCCGACUGGGAAAGGACCUCGCCUUCCAGAGGUGUACUGUGUCAUCAGCCGGCUGGGCUGUUUUGACUUGUUCUCCACAAUCCUGGAUGAGGUAGAGAGACGGAGGGGCAUCUCAGCAGCUCUGGUUUAUCCCUUCAUGAGGAGUCUGAUGGAGUCCCCCUUUCCUGCACCAGGGAAGCUUAUCAAAGUAAAGACCUUCCUGCCCGGCGCAGGAAACGAGGUCAUUGAGCUCCGGCGGCCCACCGACUCCAGACUGGAGCACGUGGACUUCGACAGUCUGUUCAGAUGCCUGAGCGUUCGGCAGGUGAUACGAGUCUUUGCCUCGCUGCUGCUGGAGCGAAGGGUCAUCUUCGUGGCUGAUAAACUCAGUUCCUGAAGUGACCACAUGGGU